UGUUGAGUCGUGCCAAGAGCGUCGCGUGAAGGUGAGAAGCAUCUCAAAAUCUCUCUCAAGUGAAGCUGAAAAGGGAGCCUGAAAAGAGCCCAAACAGCCACCAAAAAGGUAUCACAAUCGCCAGGCAAGAGCGCCAAAGAGUCGCGAGGGCGCCCGAAAUCGCUCCUGUCAGUGGAUUUCCAUGGAUUAAGCGAGGCCGAGGGGCGGUUUAGCGAGUUUUCCGUGACUGAAGGAAAGCGCCACCCUCUUCGCCAGGAGAGACAUUUCGUCGGGUGGUCUUUGAAGGCCCCAGUGCCAGAGGAAGUGAAGUGCGUGUGAGUGGAGUGGAGCUGCCCGUUUUUUCUGUGUUGUGUUUGGCCACAGGGAGAAGGAAGGGUUGAACCGAACAAGGAAGCCCCAGACAGCGAGAGAGACCCUCUAUUUGCGGCUUGAGAGGCGGAUUUUGCGUCCACUUUGGCCAUAUGUAUCGGGCCUCUGUGUGAUUUUUCGCCAGAGAGUGUAAUACAAUACCUGGAGACAAGUGUGUCUCGAAAUCACAGUUGAGUGUGCAAAAGAAGUUGAGAAAAUGUCGUCUUGGGGAUUUGUGUUCGGAUUCGUGCUUUCGACGCUUUUUUCGGAUAUCACAGUCAGUGUGCAGGCUGCAUCGCCACGAUGGGAGCCCCAGAUCGCCGUGCUCUGCGAGGCGGGUCAAAUCUACCACCCACAGUAUUUGUCCGAAGAGGGCAAGUGGAUGUCCGACCUGAAGAUUAAAGUGCCCAACUCUUCGUGCUUGAGGGACAAAAUCGAUUUGCUCGAUCACUGCAAGAAGGUCUAUCCGGGGCGUGAUAUCACGAACAUCGUGGAGUCGCCGCACUACCAGAAGAUUGGCGGCUGGUGUCGCCAGGGAGCCACGAGUCAGGGCAAGUGCAAAGGUGCCCAGCGCUGGAUCAAGCCCUUCAGGUGCUUGGAAGGUCCUUUCCAGUCUGACGCGCUGCUCGUGCCCGAGGGUUGUCUCUUCGAUCAUAUCCACAAUGCAUCGCGCUGCUGGCCCUUCGUCAGAUGGAACCAGACCGGAGCGGCCGCCUGUCAGGACCGCGGCAUGCAGAUGAGGAGCUUCGCCAUGCUCCUGCCCUGCGGCAUAUCCCUCUUCUCCGGCGUGGAGUUCGUCUGCUGUCCCAAGCAUUUCAAAGAUGCGGUCAAAGUGAAGAAAAUCGAUUUGCCCGUCAUGUCGCCUGAGUUGGAGGGAUUGCCCAUGUCUGACGACCUCGAGGGCGACGACGACGACGAUGUGGACAUCAACGAGGACAUGCUGGCCGACGAGGAAGGCGACGAUGAGGACGAUUACGACUCGGACGAGGACACUGGCAGCGACUCCGAGGAUUCUGGCGCCUCUGAUGAGAACUGGGACAUGCCCGGCGGAUCACUGAGCGGAAAGGAUCAGACUAUCAUCAACGAGAACCCCUCGACAAUGUCACCGAGCACAACUCUGAAGCCCACUGAGCAAGUUGCAUCUUCGUCCAGUGCUCUGCCCACUGUCGAUCCCUACUUCACUCACUUUGACCCGCGACUCGAGCAUCAGAGCUACAAAGAGGCGCAGCAGCGGCUGGAGGAGGCGCACCGCGAGAAGGUAACGCGCGUGAUGAAGGACUGGUCUGACUUGGAGGAGAAGUACCAGGACAUGCGUCUGGCCGAUCCCAAGGCGGCGCAGAGCUUCAAGCAGCGCAUGACGGCUAGAUUCCAGACCUCUGUUCAGGCACUCGAGGAGGAGGGCAACGCCGAGAAGCACCAGCUGGCCGCCAUGCAUCAGCAGCGCGUUCUGGCGCACAUCAACCAGCGGAAGCGCGAGGCGAUGACUUGCUACACCCAAGCCCUGACCGAGCAGCCGCCAAACGCUCAUCGUGUGGAGAAGUGUCUGCAGAAGUUGCUGCGCGCUCUGCACAAGGAUCGUGCUCAUGCUCUGGCUCACUAUCGGCAUCUGCUGAGCUCCGGCGGCACUGGUGGCCUCGAGGCGGCGGCCUCCGAGCGCUCCAGGACACUCGAGCGCCUCAUCGACAUCGACCGUGCCGUGAAUCAGUCACUCUCCAUGCUGAAGCGCUAUCCGGAUCUCUCGGGCAGGAUCUCGCAGCUGAUGGACGACUACAUCCAGGCGCUGCGCUCCAAGGACGAGACGCCCGGCUCCAUGCUGGCCAUGACGGAGGAGGCGGAGGCGGCGAUCCUGGACAAGUACAGAAUAGAGGUGGAGCGCAAGGUGAACGAGAAGGAGCGGCAGCGCCUGGCUGAGAAGCAGCGCAAGGAGAAGCGCGCCCAGGAGCGCGAGAAGCUGCGCGAGGAGAAGCUGCGGUCGGAGGCGAAGAAGCUGGAGGCGACGGUGAAGCAGCAGCAGCAGAUGAAGGAGAAGGCCAGCGAGGAGGAAGUGAGGAAGUAUCAGAAAGCCGACCAGAAGGAUGCCAAGGAUCGCGAUGAAGACACUACUGUUGGCGCGGCAGUCACGGCACUUCCCACAGUGGAUGACGCAGCUGUGCAGCGGGCUGUCGAGGAGGUGGCGGCCGCUGUGGCGCAUCAGGAAGCUGAGCCGCGGAUGCAGCACGCUCUGGCUCACGAUCUGGGCCACGGAGAGGCGAUCUACUCCGUGCGCCGGGAGGUGUUCCAGGGACCGGGACACGAGGGCAGGAAUGUCUACUUCACUCUGGCUUUCGCCGGAAUCGCCCUGAUGGCGGCCGUCUUCGUGGGAGUGGCCGUGGCCAAGUGGCGCGCAUCCCGAUCGCCGCAAGCACAAGGAUUCAUUGAAGUUGACCAGGUUAACCAGACCAUCGGAGCCCCAGUGACACCAGAGGAGAGACACGUGGCCAACAUGCAAAUCAACGGCUACGAGAAUCCGACAUACAAAUACUUCGAGGUCAAGGACUAAGCGCGUAACCUCGGCGAGUGAGAAGGUGUGUUUGGCGGUGUGCGGAGAGAAUCAAAAAAAUGGAAAGUAUAAUCCUUUUAUAUUCAAUAAAAAAAAGAGAAACCGAGAGGAAUGCGCGGUGAGAUGCAAAUUGUGGAUGAAGAUGAAACAAUAAUAGCCACAGAUAUAUUUAGAUCUUAGCAUUACACAUAAAGAUGAAAAAAAAUUACCUAUAACUAAUUAUAUACCUUCUGAUGAAGAUGAGUGGCAAAGACAGCGUUGGUAGGAUGAUUGGAACACUAUAUAUUGAGGGAGAGUGAAGAAGGAGAAAUUAACUGCUAUAUAACGCAAGUUUGGCUUGCAAAAUUGUACAAUAUCUCAUUUUUAAUUGUAAAAUGUUCAGUCUAUCGUUGUCACUGAGGUAAAAAAAAAGGUAAAUAAGGAAGAGGGUGAAAAAAAGUGGUGGUGGAGAUAAGGAGAAAGAAUAAAAAAAGAAGAUAUUUAUUUGAAUGCUGCACUUUUAUGAAGAAUGCACUCAAAAAAUCUCUCGUUGUUGUAGUUGUAGUAGAGUGUCCUUUGCAAGAUGAAUCGUGAGACAUUUUUUGGAGGGAUUAAACACUGUUACAAUCUUUUCCUCAUUCCACAAGUCUAAUGGAGAAUUAAAUAAAAAAAAAACAACCGCGCCGUUUAUUUAACCACACACAAACACUAACCAAAAUCUCUUAGAGAAUUUCUAGACGCCUUCAGAACACAAAAUUUCACACCGCAAGAAUAGCGGUGAGAACACGUAAUUAUACGAGGAGAAAAAAAAGCUUACAAAGGAAUUUUUCACAGAGUCGAAAUAAAUUUAAACAUGAGAGUAUAAAAAGCUUCACAUAGACUGACUUUUUCCUAUAUCAAACCAGAGAUUCUCGUAGUAUUAUCAUGUCACUCUAGUGCUUUCUGUAUAACUCGUAUCACAACCCUCUUUUCACACACAAUACUUGUGUCUCAUUGAAUCACACACACACAGAGAAUAAUCCUAUUUAUUAUGAUAUAUAAAAAAAAAAUGCUUCAGGUGAACCGAAUUGUGCGAGAGCUUGUUUUAUAAAUGACAAAACAAAAAAAGAUGAAAAUAUAUAGAACAGAAUUUUUAACAACAACUUAGAAACUUAGCUGAAGAGAGGUGGAAACAAUAGAUGGUAGAGAUAACAUUAUUAAACUCAUCAAUGACACGAAACCACAAAUUGCAAGAAAGAAAACAUAUAAAAGAAAAAUCGCGAAAAAUGAGGAGAGAUUCUCCUUAUCCAAAAAAAAAAAAUGAAAUAAUAAUAAUAAUAUCACUAAAACCCAGCGUGGAUGUCAAUGUAAAGCCGCUUCUUUUCUCUGGUAGUCACUGUACUUGUUGUUAGAUGAAUGAACAAUCACGAGUGAUAUGAUUUCGUCUGAGCUUUUUCCACUCAAUUCUCACACAUCGCUUUCAUGUCACUGAGUUUGUGCUUCUCUUGCAUUUUGAUCGAAAUCCUCUUGAGUGACGCGACGCAGAGAAAUCCCCGUGAAAUUGCUGAGUGAUUUCGAAUUGGCAAUAAAACCAGGUGAGAUUAAGUGGAAUUUGUUCGCGUUUGGGAAGAAGACAUCAACGCAAAUAUAUAAUCCUCGUAUGAAACUCAGCAAGAUGGCACACUUAACACGUCCUUUAAGGCACAGAUGAGUGUAACACUCAAAAGGAAUCUCCCUGGCAAAACCCCUUUCUCUUCAUUGUGCCGAAAAUGCAAUGCUUAAUGGCAUUAAAUGCAAAUUGAGCUUUUGAGCAAUUAAAACACAAAAUGGGGGUGAGCUUUGCAUUCAAGGAUGCGCAUCACAAGGAGCAUCGAAAGAAGGCUUCUCUCAUAUCUCUAUUAGAGCUUCUUUCACACACGCUCCCCCGAAUCUUCGCCAAAAGCCUCCGUUUUGGCAUCAGUUGGCGCUCAGAAGCUCAAUUUUCUCUCUUUUCCGCCCAUCCCCCUUCAAAAAAAAGGAAAAAAAGAAAAA